UUUUUGAGACAGAGUCUCACUAUGUCACCCUCGGUAGAGUGCCGUAACGUCACAGCUCACAGCAACCUCAAACUCUUGGGCUUAAACGAUUCUCUUGCCUCAGCCUCCCAAGUAGCUGGGACUACAUCUCUGGGGAUUCUAACAUUCCCUUCUGUGACGCGGGGUUUGCAGGCUCAGAAACGAACCCAAGCAACCGCGCUGCAGCUAGCCGGGAGAUGGCAACGCCCAGCGGGCCGGAAAGGCGUGCAGAAGCCCCACCCACCAGGGCGGGAUCCCUAAGGGAAGGCAGGGUAGGGGGCGGGGCCUAAGGCCGCGGGAAUCCCAAACCCGCCCCUUUCCCCACCCCUCGAUUUCUCGCCAUGGCCCCUGCACUGCUACUGGUCUCUGCUGCCCUCACCUCUUUCAUCCUAGCCUUUGGCACUGGAGUGGAAUUCGUGCGUUUUACCUCCCUUCGGCCACUUCUAGGAGGAAUCCCGGAAUCUGGUGGUCCGGUUGCCCGCCAGGGAUGGAUGGCUGCCCUGCAGGACCGCAGCAUCCUUGCCCCCCUGGCUUGGGAUCUGGGGCUCCUGCUACUAUUUGUUGGGCAACACAGCCUCAUGGCAACUGAGACAGUGAAGGCGUGGAUAUCUCAGUACUUUGGGGUUCUUCAGAGAUCACUGUAUGUGGCAUGCACUGCCCUGGCCUUGCAGCUGGUGAUGCGGUACUGGGAGCCUGUACCCAGAGGCCCUGUAUUGUGGGAGGCUCGAGCUGAACCAUGGGCCACCUGGGUGCCCCUCAUGUGCUUUGUGCUUCAUGUCAUUUCCUGGCUCCUCAUCUUCAGCAUCCUUCUCGUCUUUGACUAUGCUGAGCUCAUGGGCCUCAAACAGGUUUACUACCAUGUCCUGGGUCUGGGUGAGCCUCUGGCCUUGAAGUCUCCCCAGGCUCUGAGACUCUUCUCCCACCUGCGCCACCCAGUAUGUGUAGAGCUGCUGACUGUGCUGUGGGUGGUGCCCACCCUGGGCACUGACCGACUCCUCCUUGCUCUCCUCCUUACCCUUUACCUGGGCCUGGCUCACGGACUUGACCAGCAAGACCUCCGUUACCUUCGGGCCCAGCUACAAAGAAAACUCCACGUGCUCUCUCGGCCCCAGGAUGGGGAGGCAGAAUGAGAAGCCAACUCUAGUUCCAAGUCCUAUACUUCCUCUCCUCCUCAAAUUUAAAUCCUUUUACAUCCAGGCCCUGGCUGCUUCAGACCAAAGGCUCAAAUCCACAGAAUGAGGGAGAUGCCCCUUCCAUUCCUUCAAACUUCAUUCCCUGGGUUCACCUUCAUCCCCUAAAUUCUGAGUUUCAAUCACUGGACCCAAGUCUACUUUUCACCAGCCAGGAGGAGGGUGGGUGGCACUUAUCUGUACCCUCACAAUUUAGGGCAUGACAUACUCCCCCCAACAGCCUCCUCACAAGGAAAGGCUCUGGCCUGACCACUCCCCUGGCACUGUUACUGGCCCCUGUACCUCAGGGAUCCCCUUCUCCACGUUUUACUUCCACUUCAAGAAGCUGGACCAGGGCCUGCAAAGUCUGACAGCCUGUCUGCCUGUCCAGGUCCAAGCCGUGGUUCUCCACUCCCCGCCCUAGUUUUUCUACCUCCUUAGACCCCGCCCUCCCCUGGGCUUGGUCCUCCAACCUAGCCAAAGUGAUGCUCUUCCUCUUGACUGGGUGUCUUAGGGAUCCCUGUACUGCAGAGAAACACGUGCUGCAGGAAAAUAAAAUUCAACCUGUUGUUUCUACA